AAUGCUUUUAUGCUGCUAACUACUCACAGAAGUAAUUCCACAUUCCUUUUCAAAUUUGCAGGAGGAAGCACUCUGUCUCUUGAAAACUUACCAGCUACAGGCAACAUUACAGAAAAUUCUCCAGCCAAUGCUUUGGUUUAUGUGUUCAGUGUAAAGUUGUCACCAUCUUGUGCAGAAGUAGCUGAAGGAUAUCCUAUCAUAAUAAAUUCAAAUCCACUUACAGAUGCUUUUCAGAUUGUUCCUGAAAGUAAACUUGUAUACAGGGUUGUUACCACUGAAAAUCCUAUCCUGGAUUAUGAAACUAUGCCACAUCUUUUUGAUCUGCAGAUCUAUGUUAUGGAUACAGCUGAGGCAACUGACCUUCAAACACUUACUGUCAAAAUAGAAGAUGUUAAUGAACCCCCUAUGAUUCAAGGCAAUAUGGCAACACAACCUAUAAUGAUCUAUAUCUUAGAGGGAAGUGGAGCUGGAAAUAUUUACCAAAUUGAAGCAAUAGAUCCUGAAAGGAAAGAACUUAAGCCUGCCCCGGAGCUUGACCCAGAGGGCUUCAAGCUGUUCUUCUUUGGGGCUGACAUCGGCCUUUACUUUUUAAAUAUAACUGCGACAGACAACUUAGGGCUGAAAACUACCGGAACUGUGAUAGUCAACAUAAUUAACAUCAAUGAUGAAGCACCGUAUUUUACCAUUCUUGCUGCCGACAUUGUCUCCACCUUCUCCGUCGGCUCCUUUAAGAACGCAGCUCUCACUGCUGUAGCUGCAGCUUUCUUCGCCGGCUCCUUUAACAGCGCGACUCUCGCUGCUGCAGCUGCCGUUGCCAACGCCGCUGCCACGACUUCCCCCGUCGGGCUGGCUGGUUUCUUCUCCAGUCUUGCUGCCGACAUCGUCUCCACCUUCUCCGCCGGCUCCUUUAAGAACGCAGCUCUCACUGCUGUAGCUGCAGCUUUCUUCGCCGGCUCCUUUAACGGCGCGACUCUCGCUGGUGCAGCUGCCGUUGCCGCUGCCGCUGCCACGACUUCCCCCGUCGGGCUGGCAUCACGGACAUCCCCUUUGUUGACUUUCUUUUUCUACUGUAGGAAACAGAUAAGUUACACGAUUCCCGAGGAACAGCGUCCAGGAACUAUUGUUGUCCAUAUAACAGCUAAAGAUCCAGAUGAUGAAGGCUUUAUAAGCAGACUGACCUACAGCAUCAGUCCUCCUAAUGAGUAUUUCUCCAUAAACCCAUUAACUGGUGUCAUCCAAGUGGCUAAACGAAUAGAUCGCGAAGCUUCUACAUUCCAGCUACAUCCAAGAAUCUCAUUGAUAAUACAUGUGGAGGACAGUCCCAGGGGUGGACAAAUGAACGAAACAGAGAUAACAAUUAUUAUUGAAGAUAUCAAUGACAACCCACCAGAAUGCAAGCAGUAUACCUUCAGCUCUAAGAUACCUGAAACAGCUACCCCUGGGACACUUCUCUUUGCCCUAAGAGAUUACUGCUACGAUAAUGAUGUUGAGCCACCAAACAAUAAAUUUAACUUCACAGGAUUGUCUGGACUUGGAAGUAAUAUAUUUACACUGGAUCCAGUUGGCUCAGGAAUAGUUGUGGUCACUAGAGAUCUGAAUUUUGAAAACCCAGCUAAUCAAGCAAUGAAGGAUGAAUAUUCUUUGACAGUUGUGGUGCAAGAUAUUGCAUGGCCUAAUUAUGCAAAUAAUAUCUACAUUUACAUUAAAAUACUUCCAGUGAACGAGUUUUUUCCAGUUUUUGACAAUUCAUCAUAUGUAUUUAAUGUUCCAGAAAUUACUCCAGCUACGUCUAAAAUUGGAAAAGUGAGUGCCACAGACAAAGAUUUGCCAUUCGCUGGAAUCACGUAUUCUAUUGUAGGUGGAGGUGGCACUUUUGGUUACACAAAUAUAUUCUGGAUUGACCCAGAGAAAGGAGAUAUGAAAAUUAUAGCUACAUUGGACUAUGAAACAACUCAGAGGUACAUUCUCACAGUGCAAGCCUCUGACAGUGAGAAGACUGCUACAGUUUCUGUAACUGUCAAUGUUCUUGAAGUGAAUGAUGAAAAACCAGUUUGUACACCCAAUUCCUAUUCACUUGCAGUUCCAGUAGACCUAGCUGUUGGAACCAAUAUUGAAGGUUUCAGUAUAUUGUGUCAUGAUCCUGAUUCUAGUCCCAGAUCUUUCCGUUAUUUUAUCAGCUCAGGCAACAUUAAUAACCAUUUCACUUUUUCACCAAGUGCUGGCUCCAACAGCUCUCGGUUGAUUCUUGCAUCCAGGUUUGACUAUGAAAAUGGUUUGGAUACAACCUGGGCCUACAGCUUGCGCAUCUACAUAACAGAUGACAAUUUGCUGUCCGGUAGUGACAGGGCAACAGUCCAUGUUGAAACUGGAACAGUGACAUUAAGCAUCAAAGUUAUCCCAAACCCAACUACUCUCCUUCCUACUACAGUAAGUCCUGGUUUUACGCUUCUGAUCAGAAGAGAAAACACUUUUUCUGCAUCAGCCUGGUAUGUGCCCUUUGUCAUUUGCCUUGGAAGCAUGCUUCUCCUUGGCGUUCUUGGGUACCUAACCUUUCUUCUGGCGAAGUGUAUCCGUACCCACUGCCCACCAAAACCCAAGGCAGAUAAACACAUGCUGUAA